AUGCUCCGUAUCCUUCUGCUGCUUGUUACCCUUCCACUUUCCACCAAAGCUCAGACCAACGGCAACCUCACCUUGGGCUCCUUGUUAACAGCGGAUGACCGGAACUCUUCCUGGCUGUCGCCGUCAGGCGAGUUUGCCAUUGGGUUCCGGAAAAUGGGACAAGGGGCUCAUUUGCUGGCGAUAUGGUUUGAGAAGGUAGAGGACAAGACCAUCGUCUGGUCGGCGAAUGGCGAUAAUUUAGCACCAGAAGGUUCGAAGAUCCAGUUGACUGCCAACGGCCGAUUGGUGCUCGCUGACCCGAAUGGAGGAGAGUUGUGGUCUCCUAGCCCGACUGUCGCUGGCGUAGCUUAUGCAAGCAUGCUCGACAUGGGGAACUUUGUCCUAGUCGGCCAGAACUAUGUCAACUUGUGGGAGACGUUCAGCCAACCGACCGACACAAUGCUGCCUACGCAACAGUUAGAUCAAGGGACUAAAGUUAACGCUCGCUACUCCGAAAUGAAUUACUCCACCGGGAGAUUCCACUUCAAGCUAGGAGAUGAUGGAAAUCUCGCAUUCUAUGCCACUCGUGACCCGUGGGUUGCCUCAGAUACUUACUGGGUCAGCAACACCAAAGAUAGCGGCUUCCGAUUGAUAUUCAAUCAAAGUGGUCAGGUCUACCUCACGGCUAGGAAUGGAACAUUGCUCAAACUCAUCACCUCAGACACCGUCCCGACCAGUGAGUUUUACCAAAGAGCAAUCCUUGAAUACGACGGGGUCUUCAGGCAAUAUGUCUACCCCAAGCUGGCAAAUUCGAGUUCUGGCCGAGCAAUGGUCUGGUCGAUGGUCUCUUCCCCGGUCCCUCCAAAUAUAUGCAAAAGCAUCAGUCAAACUAUGGGUUCUGGAGCUUGUGGGUUCAACAACUACUGUGUUCUUGGAGACGAUCAGAGGCCCCGAUGCCUCUGCCCACCCGGAUAUACUCUGUUAGAUUCAACAAAUGAGAUGAGCGGAUGCAGACAGGACUUCGUACCGCAGAGUUGUGAUGGAAGUAGGCCUGAAACAGACCAGUUCGCUUUACAUGAAAUGUUCCAUACAAACUGGCCAAUGUAUGACUACGAGCGUACUGCGGCACAAACCGAGGACAGGUGCAGAGAGGUUUGCUUGGCUGAUUGUUUUUGCGCAGUUGCUAUUUUCAGCGGCAAAACUUGCUGGAAAAAGAAGCUCCCUCUUUCCAAUGGAAGGAUGGAUCCUAGUGAGAUUGGAAAAGCUCUGAUAAAGGUCAGGAUAAAUAACUCGACUUCAAAAUCUACGGGAAAUGGAAACAAGAAUUCCACUCUGAUUAUCAUCGGAUCGGUGCUGUUGAGUAGCUCUGUAUUUGUGAACUUGCUUCUACUCCUCAUUACCUAUUUAAUUUAUAGAAGCUUCCGAUCUAGGGAUUCUAAGUUAUCACGACCAGUCCAGAUCAACCAAGCCACAGGUAUGCAGACUUUCACUUAUCAAGAGCUUCAAGAAGCAACAAAUCAAUUCAAAGAAGAACUAGGUAAGGGUGCUUUUGGAACGGUGUACAAAGGUGUUCUCAGAUCCGAGUAUACAAACUUUGUGGCAGUAAAAUUGCUGGCAACAAGGACUGGAGAAAGCGAAAAGGAGUUUGAAAGAGAAGUGAUUGCAAUUGGCCAAACUAACCACAAGAACUUAGUUCAGUUGCUUGGAUACUGCAAUGAAGGUCAACACCGACUUCUGGUGUAUGAGCUCAUGAGCAAAGGCACUUUGGCAGAUUUCCUAUUUGGUGCUUCAAGGCCCAGCUGGUACAGAAGAAUAGAAAUUGCCUGCGAUGUUGCACGGGGCCUCUCUUACUUGCACGAUGAUUGCACCAGGCAUAUAAUCCAUUGUGACAUCAAGCCGCAAAAUAUUCUUCUUGAUGGCUCUCUUACAGCAAAAAUAUCAGACUUUGGGUUAGCUAAGCUCUUGAUGGCGAACCAAACACGAACCACCACUGGAGUCAAAGGAACCAGAGGUUAUUUAGCGCCAGAAUGGUUCAGGAAUAUGCCUAUUUCAACCAAGGUAGACGUUUACAGCUUCGGCAUUUUGUUGGUAGAGCUCAUCUGUUGUAGAAAGAACUACAAGCCAGAAUCAGAAAUUGAAGCUCAAAUUGUGCUGGUUGACUGGGCAUAUGACUGCUACCACGACGGGAGCAUACUUAAGCUAGUGGAAAGCGAUGAUGAGGCAUCGAGUGACAUAAAGAGGGUGGGAAGAUUUGUGAUGACAGCAUUGUGGUGCAUCCAGGAAGACCCGUCUUUGAGGCCAACCAUGAAGAAAAUCACUCAGAUGUUGGAAGGAGCUGUUGAAGUCCCAAUACCUCCAGUUUCAAGCUCUUUUAUCAGUUCAGUAUGAUUUUGCUUAUUAAGAAAAUUGUUGUCGCUGUAAUCAUGAAAAGUACUUGUAUUGUCUGUUAGUGCUA